AUGUUUGUUUUACUAUUUAAAGAAAAUAUAGCACCUGCUAUGCAAGAUGAUCCAAAUUCAUUAUAUCAACGUCCUCGAUCAUUUUCCACUGUAACAACUCGAGUAUCAAGAACACUAAGUUUUAUAGGUCAUCAUUCUGAUAGCUCAUCAGAUGAAGAUGAUGAUAAGAAGGAAACAACAACAAAUGAAAUCGAAGAAAAAUCAAUCGGUCUAAGUGGAAAAGAUAUUGGUUAUUCCGUUUCAUAUGAUAAGACGGUUGAAGAUUUUAGUUUUACAAGUACACGUGAACAAGCUCAAAAAUAA